AUGGUAAAGAUUUCUGAAGUUAACGAUGGUGAUGCUGCUAAUGGUAGCAGCGUAACUGGGGCUGCUCGUACUGCAGCUCAUACGCAUAUCAAAGGCUUGGGCCUUGAUGAAAAUGGUAGUGCAAAACAAGUUGAAGGUGGAUUUGUAGGCCAGAUAGAAGCUAGAGAAGCAUGUGGUGUUAUUGUGGACCUAAUCAAGGCAAGGAAGAUGUCAGGUAGAGCCAUUUUACUUGCAGGUGGACCUUCUACUGGUAAGACUGCACUUGCGUUAGCCAUUUCACAAGAACUGGGGCCCAAGGUUCCCUUCUGUCCACUCGUGGGUAGUGAACUGUAUUCUGUAGAGGUUAAAAAGACAGAGGCAUUGAUGGAGAAUUUUAGAAGAGCUAUUGGAUUGAGAAUUAAAGAGACCAAGGAGGUCUAUGAAGGUGAAGUUACAGAAUUGACACCCGAAGACGCAGAAAACCCAUUGGGUGGAUACGGUAAGACUAUAUCUCAUGUCAUCGUUGGAUUAAAAUCUGCCAAGGGUACAAAAACUUUGAGAUUAGACCCUACGAUCUACGAAAGUAUUCAACGUGAAAAGGUUAGCGUUGGUGAUGUGAUAUAUAUUGAAGCUAAUACAGGUGCAGUCAAAAGAGUUGGUAGAUCUGAUGCAUAUGCAACUGAAUUUGAUCUGGAAACCGAAGAAUAUGUUCCAUUGCCUAAGGGUGAAGUGCACAAGAAGAAAGAAAUUGUACAAGACGUGACGUUGCACGACUUGGAUAUUGCUAAUGCUAGACCUCAAGGUGGCCAAGAUGUGAUUUCUAUCAUGGGUCAACUUUUAAAACCUAAGAAGACUGAAAUUACUGAAAAAUUGAGACAAGAGGUCAAUAAAGUUGUGGCUAAGUAUAUUGAUCAAGGUGUGGCAGAAUUAGUACCUGGUGUUCUUUUCAUCGAUGAAGUUAACAUGUUGGAUAUUGAAAUUUUUACUUAUUUGAAUAAGGCUUUAGAGUCUAGCAUUGCACCUGUGGUCGUCUUAGCUUCGAAUAGAGGUAUGACUACAGUUCGUGGUACUGAUGACGUUGUUUCUCCUCACGGUGUGCCUCCAGAUUUGAUAGACAGAUUAUUAAUCGUUCGUACACUGCCUUACGUUAGAGACGAAGUUCGUGCUAUCAUUGAGAGAAGAGCUAAGGUGGAAAAUUUACAGUUAGAAGUAGCGGCACUAGAUCUGUUGGCAGAUAUGGGGGCACAAACUUCAUUACGUUAUUCUGUACAACUAUUGGCACCUUCUGGUAUUCUAGCAGGAACUGCUGGUCGUAAAGAAAUUACAGUGCCAGAUGUGGAAGAAGCUAGAACUCUUUUCCUAGACGCUAAAAGAUCCACUAGAAUUUUAGAAACUAACAGUAAUUACUUGUAG